UGGAGUAUCCACCCACCUUCCCCACUCUCCUCUCUCCCCAAAAAAAAAAAAAAAAAAAAACUUUCCCUCUCACACUCUCUCUCUUCCAUAACAAAUGGCUAAACCCCUUCAACCCUUUUCUCUCUCCCAAUGUCCUCCUCUUCCUCCGCCACCGCCGCUGCCUCUGCGAAUUCCUCCUCAACCAACUACUUCACCAAUCUCGGCCUCGGUUAUCCUAUUGCCAUCGCCCUCGGCUUCCUCGUCCUACUCUCCAUUCUUCUCCUCGCUUCCUACAUCUGCUGCCGAAGUGCCUCAUCCUCUUCCCAUCGCCAUCGUCAUACUUCCUCCUCUUCUCUCCCCCGAAACCCUAACCCUAAUUCCGACGGCGUGAUUCUACCGAGAAUCAUCUUCGUCGCUGAGGAUGACGACGAAGAUGAAGACGGUCGCCGUGACCUCGACGAAAACUCCGUCAUCGGACUCGACCAAUGCGUUAUCAAUUCGUACCCAAAAUUUCCGUACGAGAGGGACGUUGCGAGCAUCAAGGAGUCCACCUGUUCGAUCUGUCUUUGCGAGUAUAAGGAAUCCGAGAUGCUCAGGAUGAUGCCCGAGUGUCGCCACUACUUCCACCUAUGCUGCCUUGACGCAUGGCUCAAGCUCAACGGCUCUUGUCCUGUCUGCCGUAACUCGCCGUUACCCACGCCGUUAUCCACUCCUUUGCAGGAAGUUGUCCCUCUUUCACAGUUUGCCGCUGACCGUCGACGGAGUAGGUGAUGAUGAUUAUGUCGUUUUGUGUUUUUUUUUUCUUUUUCUAAUUUUCUGGUUGGAUUAUUUGGGUCUAGCUCGGCGGUUGUUUCACUCGUUUUGGUACGGGAGCUGUAAAUUUUUUUUUUGUUGGGUUUGGUUCAGUGGGAUUGUGAGAUUGAAAUCUGGGUAUGGCUAUGCAACAAAUGAGUGUUAUCAGUUUUACAUGAAAUACAAGAAAUUUAUUUUGAUUUCACUGUUA